ACUUCAAUGUGAGGAUUUCAUUACCUCUACGAUGAAUGACGGUUCAAGAAAAAGCCCUUCUGCACACUACCCCUCAGGGCCUAGUACUUCUAAAGCCGAUCCAGGGCAGGCUAUCACUUUUGAGGACUUGUUUAUAUAUCUUUAUGGCUACACACCAAUUCGUCUAGUUGACCCACUUCACCUUCAACGAGAACGGGCCAAACUCGCCGCUCAGGUGGACUGCGACAAAGGCAAGGAAAAACACUGUUGUGACGUAUGUAACGAAAAGCAUGAUGGGGAAUGUCCAAUGCAUGGUCCGCUGCAUUCUCUCCGGAAGAUGGUUACAACAGGGCACUCUAACGGCCAUCUGGAUAAUGGAACUCUCUUGAAAUUCCCCGAUGAAGUGUGUUUAUGUACGUCUAGUAUUCCGUUUGUACAGUAUGGUGUUUGUGCGAGGAAAAGGAUCCUGGCUGGAACAUGGAUCGGUCCAUAUGAGGGCAAACUUGUGCGACCAGAGGAUGUAAGCAAGAAUACAGACACCCAAUACAUGUGGGAGGUAUUCCACGAUGGUCAAGUCAGUCAUUAUCUCGACGGUAGAGAAGAAGCCAAUUCAAGCUGGAUGCGCUUCGUCCGCUGCGCACGCCACAAAAAAGAACAAAACAUGGUAGUAUUCCAAUACCACGGAUGCGUGUAUUAUCGAACCAUCCGUGACAUCAUGCCAGGACAAGAACUACUUGUUUGGUACGAUGGGAGGUAUUCACAGUUCAUGGGUGUUCCUGUGGCUUUGACUGACUCCAGUAAUAGAGGAGUACAACCACCUAGAGAUCUAGUAGCACAAAGAACUCGUGACCGGGACUGCCAAUCCGAACCAGCCCCAAAGCGACAAGCAACGGAACAUACGCACGCGCAACGUGGUCGACCACCAUUACGAAGAACGGUGGCAGUAACAAACGAACAUUCUAAAACAGAAAACAGAAAUGAAAUAGCUAAAAUGGACGAGAAAAGGGAGGAUAAAAGAGGGAUAAGCUACCGAGGGCGUGGUCAGUAUACAACUAAGGUAGCAUCUCGAAAUGGUACCCGUAAAGACCAACAUGAAGACGAGUUUACAUGGAGGUGUAAUUUAUGUUUUAAGGCGUUCGCAGUACGUGAACAACUGGAGGAGCAUCACUGUAACGGUCUUGGGAGUGCCAAGAAUCUUAUUUGUCCUCACUGUAAUCAAAGCUUUUCUCAUCCGUUGGAGUUUAGAAAUCACGUGGAAAGCCACGCCAAUGAAAGACCCUUUCGUUGUGGGUAUUGCACUCACGCAUUUGCAAAUGCUGCUUUGUUGAACCAGCACGUACGGGUGCAUAUUGCUGACAGCAACAUAGCAAAACUUGGAGGACGGAACGUCUCGGAAAGGGUUGUACAAGAAUUUAAGUUCUAGCGAAGUAUCUACUUCUCUUUUCAAGAACUAAUUUUAUCAUUUUUGCGCAAUACUAUUAACUAACUAUAAUGCUAUUCCAUUAAUAAACCGGUGUUAAGUUCUAUUCUUUCCGCCGAAUACUCAUGCGUUUUAGGAGGUACUUAACAAUUUCAUACCGUAAAAUGCGCGAUUUUAAAGCUGUUUAUAUUCUUGCAUAUUCUAGACAAAGAAAUAUAAAGGUUUUUAGAUAGUAGUAUAGCGCACAUGAAGUAUUUCAGACUUUUUUUGUUCAACUUGCCCUACAUGGUGUUGUCUGUAUCCAAAUUAGACCAGAACCAGUCUUGUUUAUCGAGCUCAGAAUGCAGCUGUCAUCAUACAUGCGCCAGUAAUCAAUGAAUACAGAAGCAAAUAUAAUUAAUUAA